AUGUAUUUGAACAGUGUGAUCAGCAGCAGUACUAAGCUGGUGAAGCCGGUGCUGGUGUUUGGAUACUGUCUGGCUGCAGGCAUAGCAGGACUGACUCAGAUCACACAACACCGCUGCCAUCCCAGAGACGUCUAUGUUGGCUACGCCAUAGGAGCUGGCAUAGGAGUCUACCUGUCUCUGUAUGCAGUAGGUAACUUCAGGUCAUCCGAGGAGGACUGCCUCCCCCAGCCUGUCCGGAGGGCUGCCUCCCCCCCCCAGCAGCAGAGGGAGGUGGUGGUGAGGGGAAGAGCCCAGAGAGGUCAUGUUUCUCAGCACAGCUCUCUGUACCGCAGUAAGACCCCCAGACCAUCAGACAGCAGGGAGGAACUGGGGACUGGACGCUGCAAGGUAAGAGAUGAAGGGAGAGAGGUUCGUAGGGAGAAGGCCAGCGUAGCAUCUCUGAAGAGGGCCAGUGCUGAUGUGGAGCUCCUGGCACCCCGCGGCCCCAUGGGAAAGGAAACCAUGGUAACAUUCAGCAAUACCUUACCCCGCGUCGCCAACGGCAGCAGCAGCAUCUCGCCCCCCGGAGACGACCCCUCCAACCAGCGUCACAUGACCUUCCACCUGUCCUUCGACCCCCGCAGGUCACAACCAAGGCUGCGACCGCCGCUGUCGGCCAUUAGAGCCGUUGCCACGGCUACCCCAGCGCCAGCCCCACUGGUGCAUGUCCCUAAGGAGGGGAUUAGACACCCCCCUACUGUCUCCCCUCUACCUCCUACGGUCUCCCCUUUGCCUCCUUCUGUCUCCUCUCUACCUCCCCCCGUCUCCCCUAAGAGCGCGGUGACGCGUGCCAAGUUGAUGUCACUUAACCAGGGAGGGGAACGAGCCAGGGAGGGGCCUAUCCCUGUGACGACUCCGCGUGUGCCCACCCAGCCGCACAAUCAGCCACGAGUGGCGCAGGUCAUUGCCAUGUCCAAGCAGCAUGGACCAAUCAGCUCCUCUGCCAAGGGCUCUGACUCUGCCUCUUCCUGUGGGGGAGGAUCUUCAACAGGAAGCUCUGAGUCUCCGUACUACCGGGUCCCCUCUGACCAUGACAGCCACACCGGGAGUGUUACCGGGAGUAUUGUCACCAUAGACGCUCACGCCCCUCAUCACCCUGUGGUCAGGGUGUCUAGCAGUGCCAGUACCAGGAGUAACGGGACUCCGGGUGCCAGAGUAACAGCUGCCGGUAACGGGUCCCCCUGGGAGCGGAGGAACACCACCAGCGGGAGCCUGGGGAGCGUCGGUGAGCAGGGCCAGAGGGGGGCGCUGCAGCGCCAGGAGAAAGUCUCCGCACCGGAAUAUCGGGAAUACCGAACACUUCCUGUGAAAUCAGACUCUAUCUGCUCCUCCUCUCCCAGCCAGACGGAUCCCUCCACCCUCCCUCCACCUCCUCAUCCAGAUCUGCUGUUGGACAGUUACUCCCCCCCCCUCCCCCGCUCUAUGACUUUCCCCCGUCGGCCCACUGUCUCAGCCCACAGCCGCGCUGAUCAAGAAGUCUAUUACAAGACCAUGCAGACAGAGAGGAGAUUAUAA